UUCACUGACCUUUGCUCGGUGAUCGACAGGAAGCUGAUUUAUCGCGAUGCAAUCCACGCAGAAGCGAUGAAAAAACGCGGCAAUUAUGAAAACAAAGGCGGAAAAGGACGACAGAACGAAAUGAACGGCCCGGAAGACAAGAAAAAUGAGAAAAACGAAGUUGAAAAGGACGUGGAUAAUCAAGGAUUCAGCGAAUGGUUAAGAUCUAACAGUGGUCUCGAAAUGAUGCGACUGUUCGUAAUCGCCAAUUCGAUUUUAGUUUUUUUCACGAUGGGAUUUCCAAAAAUGCAGGAAGCUAUGAGUAUUCUGAAGGAAUACUAUUUCGGGGAAACGGAAUAAGCGGAAACUUUUGAGCGAAACUAUUCACAAAA